AUGGUGGUGAGCCGCUGCAACGCCGUAGUCAAGCCCGCGAAUGUAGCCACGCAGAUGCUCGAGUACACUCAGAACAACCUGCUCCCGACGCGCACCAUGGUCUCAAGCGGCGAGUUGGUGACCACCAUUAACAUGGCCGUCAAGGAGGCCAACGAGCUACUGCUGCAGCCCACGUACCGCGCCAAGUUCCAGUCCGACCUGCUCACGUCGGCUGCAUGUGCAUCUCAUGGUUGUGCUAACCUCCACGGGCUACACGGCGCGCAAGGUGACCAAGUACAAGCGCGCUUAAAUACGGCCGUGAGCUACGUGAUCCUCGAGGUUUACUUCGAGAAGCCAACGGCGGCGAGGUGA